AUGGCUGAAAGAGGCCUGAGCAGUAAACAAGACGUCGAAACAGCUGAUCUGAAGCCAUCUCAUAUCGAGGAUGCCUCUCAGGCCGUCGAGAUUGGUCCUUUCCGCGUUGUCGGGCUGGGGGCCGAUGAGGUGGAUUUCUAUUCCAACUUCCCAGAGGAAAGCCGGAAGAGGAUCUUUCGGAAGGUUGACGUUCGUCUCGUUCCUAUGCUAGCCGUUUUGUACCUGAUCUGCCAUAUUGAUCGCGCGAACAUCGGCAAUGCUAAAAUCGAAGGCAUGAUUGAGGAUCUGAAUAUGACCGGCGUUCAGUAUAAUACUGUUCUUUCUAUCUUCUUUGUCCCGUAUGUUCUACUAGAGGUCCCCAGCAACAUCCUGCUCAAGAAGUUCAAGCGACCUUCCACGUAUCUCGGCAUUCUUGUGCUCUCAUGGGGCAUCGUGAUGACUUGCACGGGCCUUGUCAAGAACUUCGGUGGACUUAUGGCAGUGCGCGUCUUGCUCGGGAUAUUUGAGGCCGGCUUUUUCCCCGGCGCCAUCUAUCUGUGCUCCUACUGGUACAUGCCUAAGGAUCUAGCACUUCGUAUCUCUUAUUUCUACUGUGCUAGUGCGCUGUCCGGUGCCUUUUCUGGCUUGCUGGCUGCUGCUAUCGCUCGAAUGGAUGGUGCCGGCGGUGUCGAAGGGUGGCGAUGGAUCUUCAUCCUUGAGGGACUCGCGACGGUGGCCAUCGGGGUAGCUUGUUUCUUUAUGCUUAUCGACACCCCUGCGCUCUCCAAACGUUGGCUAUCGCCAGAAGAGAUCCGUUACCUCGAGCUUUCAAUGCUGAUCAAACAAGGAGGACGAGUUGACCACGAAGCCAGCUUCCAAUGGAAAGAUCUCUAUAUGGUCCUUACGAAUUGGAGGGUUUACAUGCAGGCCUAUUUCUUGUUCGCGCAGUCCGCCCUCUCUUAUGGUACCAAGUUCACGCUGCCUACUAUCACAAAGGCCAUGGGCUUCAGCGCCACAAAUGCCCAGCUAACAUCUGCUCCCCCUUACGUUGCUGCCGCAGUCUCGGCCAUCGUUUUUGCCAAAAUCUCAGAUCGCUUCUUCUGGAGGAUGCCCUUUGUGGCAAUUCCCAUGAUCAUUGUUGUGGUCGCCUAUGCCGUCAUCGUAUCCUUGAAAGGUGCUCUGGAGGCGAAUCGGGGAGUGGCAUACUUUGCGGUGGUUUUGGCCGUCGUGGGUAUCUACCCUAUUCAAGCAGCCGCUGCCUCGUGGAAUGCCAACAAUAUUGCUCCUGCAUCACGUCGUGCUAUUGGUAUUGCAUUGAUGAAUUGCGUUGGAAACACCGGUGGUAUUCUCGGGAGUUUCAUGUACCUCGAGAAAGAGAGCCCCAAAUACUACACGGGGUUCGGAAUUAGCCUGGCACUCGGUGGGACGGGAUUUUUCAUGGCUCUGCUUCUUGAAUGGACUUAUAAAGUGGCAAACGCGAAGAAGGCAGAGCUUGUGGACGAAGCGAGAACACGAUAUACUGAGGAGGAAUUGUUCGACAUGGGAGACAGAUCGCCGCUCUUCAAGCAUGUCCUGUGA